AUGGAGGAAGAAAGACAGCAGCUAAAGUACUUGAAGCUGGAUUUUUCUGGCCUACUUUGUUCAAAGAUGCAAAAAAUUUUGUUGCCGCUUGUGACCCAUCAAAGAACCGGUAACAUUUCAAAAAGGGAUGAAAUGCCUUUUAACUCUAUUAUUGUGUGUGAAAUAUUUGAUGUUUGGGGCAUUGACUUCAUGGGUCCUUUUCCUCCAUCAAAUGGUUGCGAAUAUAUUUCAGUAGCUGUUGAUUAUGUCUCAAAAUGGGUAGAAGCAAUUGCUACUAAAAAAAAUGAUGCUCGAGUUGUUUAUGCUUUUCUCAAGAAAAAUAUUUUUUCUAGAUUUGGAACUCCACGAGUUAUAAUAAGUGAUCAAGGAACUCAUUUUAUAAAUAGACAAUUCGCUAGUUUAUUGUCAAGAUAUGGAGUAACUCAUAAAACAAGAACUCCAUAUCAUGCUCAAACAAGCGGACAAGUAGAAGUAUCCAACAGAGGAUUAAAAAGAAUUUUAGAGAAAAUUGUUGGCUCUUCUCGGAAAGACUGGUCUCUAAAAUUAGAUGACGCUUUAUCGGAAUACAGAAUUGCUUUUAAAACUCUCAUAGGCACAUCUCCUUAUAGACUAAUUUUUGGAAAAUCUUGUCAUUUACCUGUAGAGUUAGAGCAUAAAGCAUAUUGGGCUAUAAAACUGUUGAAUCUGAACUUGCCAGAUGUAGGUAAAAAUCGUCUAUUGCAGAUUGAUGAGUUGGAAGAGUUCAGACUUACAGCAUACAAAAAUAUUAAAUUAUAUAAGGAAAAGACAAAAAAUGGCAUGACAAGCUCAUCCGCCAUUAAGAUUUAA